CGAUGGGCGGCGUCCGGUGCAUGUUCACGGCCACCAGGCUGAUAACCGGCUUCAGAACGCCUCUGGUCCUGGCUCCAACAUUCAACGAAGAGACGGCCUCCGCGCCGCUGCUCACCCCGCCGGCAGCGAACCACGCCACGGCUUCAGGGCGAUGGGCGGCGUCCGGUGCAUGUUCACGGCCACCAGGCUGAUAACCGGCUUCAGAACGCCUCUGGUCCUGGCUCCAACAUUCAACAAAAGGACGGCCUCCGCGCCGCUGCUCACCCCGCCGGCAGCGAACCACGCAACGGCUUCAGGGGGCCCGGCUGACUCAGCUGUGUCCCAGAUCACCUAUGGCCCGGUGGAGGAAGCAAGACAAGAUGAGAUCGUAGACAUCUUUGUACAACACUUCUUUCCGGAUGAAACUUUAUCGAAACUGGGGCGCGCGUGCGAUGGCGGAGAGCUGGAGAACCAACGCGCUUGGCUCAGACCGAGUCUAAGCGGCUGGGACUGGAGCGUCUGCCUGGUGGCUACGGACAGUGCCACCAGCCGCGUCGUCGGAGCGUCUCUCAACACCGUCAUCACUCCGACGUCGGAGUCUUCUCUGGCCACCUGGGAGCGCCAGGACACGGAGGCCUAUCAGUGGUUGGGCAAAUUCUUCAGCCAGCUGAAUGGUGGCUAUGACAUCUUCAAAGCACUGGACGUGGAGACUGUGCUGGAACGCAUAAUGGCCACAGUCGAUAAGCGGUACCGCGGUCAGGGCAUCGCAUCGGAACUGUUCCGGCGCACAACCAUGGAGCUGGCGCCGAAGGCCGGCUGCCAGGCGGCGGUCGUGGCGGCUUCUUCACCGUACACGCGGCAGGGGUUGAGCCGCCUCGGCUACACGGUGGUGAACACCCUGAGGUACCGAGACUCGGUGCUGGCCGCCUGCCCGAAGAUCGACUGGAGCCAGUGCGAAGCCCAUGACGGUGCCGCCCUGAUGGUGCGAAGAAUCGGAUAAUUCGGUGCGAGGCGCGCACGAGGUCGCCCGCCAUGCUUAACGAUCGUUGAGUUCUGCUCCGGCUUUCAGCUUCACUGCUGUUACAUGCACCGCACCGCACGCAUGCGGACCGUGCGUUCACCAGACUGGUGAAUGCAAUGGAAGCCUCUCAUGCAGCAACUAAGUGGGAAAGAAUGCAGGAACCAAGGCAUACGGGAUUCCCGCCAAAAACCGCGGGGCUAGGGCACCAUCUCAGUGAUAGCGCCAACAGAUCGUCAAGGCGCGGUAGGUCGCAGACGAGCGAGGCACUGCGGUGACGAGGAGCCUUCACGGCUAACAUUUCCUGCGCUUAAUCAGCCCCCGCCCGUGGCGUCGUUGAUCUGCUCCCCUGCCCCUUUGUCUAGGGACUCACCGCAGACCCGUGUCAUCUGACGGAACAGCACUGCAGAAAAGAAGUCCUAGAACUCAGAAGCUGUCCAAGGACAAUGGUUAUCCCAUGAGCAUUAUCGCACGAUUAGCCAAUAAAAUACUACGGCACCGGAACGACACGAAACAGCCGCCCCGUAUCUGGGGCUCCAAGGUCGGACCGCAUGGACCAAUCAGAAUAGCUGGUGCGCUCUGCGCUGGAGCGACCUCCCUGUCCUGCUGAAUAGCGGGCCUGGGGGCCCUGAGGGUCCUGCCUGUUUACUUUAAACAUACGCUGACGCGCGGAUCAGUCACCGAACUACUCGUAUGGACCAUAAUCCGCCCCCUGCCCCCCCCCCCCCCCCGACGGCGCGCAUGGCGGCAGGACAGCGGUACCUUACAUACCGCGCUGCGUCUCCCAUUAAUGAGUCGCCUGUGGAUGCUCAACGACUGAAUUCGACAAGUUUCAAGCGCGCUGCCAGGUAUUCUUAAUGCGAAGGGCUGGUCUCAUUCCGGUUAAGCGUGCAUGCGUUUAAAUAUGAUUAUCCCUUAUUACUUCCCGUUGUUUAUUGACACACUGUUUUAUGUCUCAGGCUAAUGGCACGUAAUAGCCACGAAUGUAUGUGGAGUGUCAGCUGAUGUCAAAUACAGAUGCGAGCGCACGCCACCUAUAAACCCGGACUGGAAAAAUCGUCUUGCGACUAAGAACAUCGUGUUCAGAUGUAACGCGACCUUUGCCCACAGCCUGGCAUUCCCCAGACUGUCCGCACAGCGUUCUGCGCAGAUGUGAGGACGGGCUAACAUGAAAUUUCUCAGGGCUUCUUCACAAUGCAUCGCUCGCAGAUAACCUCCCGUCAGCACCUCGCUAACAGCUGCGAAGCGUACAUGCUGCUUUUUCAGCUGGCCAGUCACUGACCUGGUGCCGACCUGAAUGCCAGUACUGGAAGGAGUUGGAGAGGGCUGUCCUACGUCUAUAGUCUCGCCGGCUGCAUAUUGUGAUUGCGUGUGUGCUAUAGGCAGAAUAAUAAGUGGACAAACUACCAUUACGCGCGCUAGUUAUUUUCGAUGACCAAAUGUACGCUUACCAAAUGUAGGAAUGCAUAAAAUACCAUUAAGUACGCACGUAACUCUUCAUCACCAAAUGUACGCGUACUAAGUGUAGGGAUGCAAAAAAUGUGGGGUAGGGUUCGUAUGCUCGAAUGAUGUAGCAAUAAAAAAAUUGCGGGCAAGUUUGUUAUAAUUGUUU